CACAAAACUUGCAAAACUCCUCUCGCCUGUUUGGCUUAAUUCAAAACUUCAAUAUAGACCACUACAAUUCUUAAAGAGAGGAAGAAACAAGAUGGCAUACACAGAUAUCCAGAUGUUCAUGGAAAAGUUGAAGCAGCUGAUGUACUGCAAUGAUAUUCCAGUUAUCAACAACCCAUCAAUCUUAUGUGAAAGGCCUCAAUUCCAACUUCUUUAUGAAGAGCUUGGCUCCGUGAUCAAAAUCCUUUUCAACCACGAAGACCAAGAUCUACACAACUUUGAAGAAGUGAGAAAACUGAAGAAAAGAUUCAAAGCUGCAGCGGAAGAGGCAGAAGGUAUCGUUGAUAUGUUUCUAUCCGCUGUCCACUGUAGAAAUAAUGGAUAUUCCCCUAGAUCUGAUGUCUUUCAGACCUCUCUCCACCUUGAGGUUGUUAUGAGAUCAAUCGAGUCUAUCAAGAUAGAGUUCAUGACUUUGAGCAUCAAUAAAAUGAAGAUGGACUCCUCUCUGAAAACAGACAGACUGCAAACACAAUCUUCUGGAACUUCCCACACUAGAAAUUCAAGGGGUUCAAAGAACUUAUUGGAAAAAGUCGUUGUGGGGUUUGAUCGUGAUGUUGAGAUAAUACGGGACAAACUUGUUGAAGAUGGGAAGCAUCUGGAUGUGGUCUCUAUUGUUGGUAUGGGUGGGAUUGGUAAGACUACCCUUGCUAACAAAGUGUUCACCGAUCGUUUUCUUGUGUAUCAUUUUUAUGUCCGUGGAUGGGUCACUGUUUCACAAACAUAUAACAGGCGGGAUCUGUUGAUUCAAGUUCUGUCAUCCAUAGAUAAAGAAUUAGAGCUUGAAGAAGCAACGGACUCUCAACUUCGUAAAAUGUUGCACAGGAGCCUAUACUGUAAUAGAUACUUAAUUGUCAUUGAUGAUAUCUGGAGUACAGAGGCAUGGGAUGAGUUGAUGUUGUUUUUCCCUGACCAUAACACUAGAAGUCGAAUUCUGCUUACUAGUCGACUCACUGAAGUUGCUGCACAUGCAAAAUCACAUGGACUCAUUCAUCAUUUACAACAUUUGACAGAAGAAGAAAGUUGGAAGUUGCUGUGUCAGAAGGUGUUCCAAGGAAACGAGUGCCCGGAAUGGUUGAUUGAACCUGGAAUGCAAAUUGCAAAAAACUGUCAUGGAUUGCCGCUUUCUGUGGUUGUGAUGGCAGGAGUUCUAGCAAAAGAACCAAGGAGUAGAGAUUCAUGGGUAGAAAUUUCUUGCAGUGUCAAUUCGUACAUUGCUAGUGACGAGAAAGGAUGCCUGGAAACAAUAGCAUUAAGUUACGACCAUCUACCUCUCCACUUGAGAGAGUGCUUUCUCUAUCUGGGAGGGUUUCCAGAAGACUACCGGAUCUCUUCACUAUGGUUGCUUUGGAUAUGGAUGGCUGAGGGAUUUAUACAAGAAGAUGGAAGUCGAAGUUUGGAGGAAAUUGCGAACAGUUACCUGAUGGAUCUAGUUGACAGAAAUCUUAUCAUGGUAGAAAAAUGGUAUAUUUCAGGUGAUGUCGAAGUUUGUAAAGUCCAUGAUCUUGUGAGGCAGCUAUGUGUGGAAAAAGAAAAAGAAGAAAAAUUCUUCCUGAAAACAGACUGGCCACCAUCUAAUCGUCUUUUUGAGGUAAUUACCACACAUAAGCAACGUCGUGUGAUCACAAAUCAAAAAAUCGACAUUGUGAGUUUGUCCCGUUCGUCCACCCCAAGUAUUCGAUCGCUUUUGUGCUAUCAUACAAGAUCAUCCUUCAUUUACCAUAUUGCAGAGUUUUUCCGUUCCUUUGCACUCCUUAGGGUGUUAAGUCUAGAAAAAUGUGAAUUGAUUAAUUUUCCCCUCAGUUUAGCAUUACUUGUUCACUUAAGGUUCCUAGAAAUUUGGCUGUCAUCAUUCCCACCAUCAAUAUGCAAUUUAUGGAAUCUUCGAACCCUCAUUAUUAGAACAAGUUCUAGUUCUAUAAUUUUACCUAGUAACAUAUCAGAUUUGGUGAAUCUGAGGCAUUUAGGGAGUAACGCGGAUCUUUAUCUUCCUUCUAUUGAAAAACCGAUGAAAUUGGAAGUUAUUUCGAAUGUGGAGUUGGGAGAUGGAGUAGAUAAUUUUCACAAAUGUUUUCCCAGGAUCAAGGAACUUGCAUCUACUCUUUACUCUGAUGAGGAAAAUGACUUUGAAGUACUCCAUUACCUUCAAAUAUUGAUGUUAAUCGGGUCGGGCUACAGCAGAAGGAGAUCAGUUGAGCAAGAAUUUGUCAGAGGUGAACCAAACUUGGGAAAGAAUAACAUUAGAUUCCCUGCAACACUGAAAGUACUUACACUUGAAAGGUGUGGUCUACCGUGGAGCGACAUGUCGAUCAUUCAGUCAUUACCAAAUCUUGAGUUUCUUAUAAUAAAAGACAAUGGCUUUGAGGGAACCCUGUGGGAAACAGGUGAGGAGCAGUUUCAGCGACUAAAGUUCUUGAGACUCGAAGAGUUAAAUAUCAAACAAUGGGAAGCCUCAAGUAUCAACUUUCCAUGUCUCGAAGAAUUAGAGGUGGUGAAUUGUGUUGAUCUUGAAGAGAUAUCCCUUGAAUUAGGGGACAUCUCAACGCUUAGUUAUAUUGACGUUUUAAAUUGUGGUGCUUCUCUUCUUGAAUCCCUGCGACAAUUUCGACAGGAGCAAGAUGACAUGGGAAACUAUGAACUGAAGAUCAUAGUUAAUGGAAGGAAAAUGUCCUCUUGUGUGCCCGAGAAUGAUGAUUAAUACAUUUUACUUCACACCAUGAAUGUUUAGUACAUAAUUAGUUGGUCUGUUUGCUACCUAGUACAAUGUCUGUUGGUAUUCUUUACCCAAAUUUUGGUAUUGUUCAAUUUAUUUUUUUUCUCACCUGGUUGAAUCUUUGUUUUAGUCAAGUCUUCUUAGAUGAGUUAGGACCGAAAGAAUAUGGCAAUCUGGCAUUAAUUGUCUUGUAUGGGAAAAUAUUUACCAUGAUCAAGCAUCCCUUUGGAAUACCUGUUUCAGUUA